AUGGAGGACGUCCUUUUUGGGCUGGCGCCACCAAAGCCGCGCUCGACACCGCAGCCACAGUCGUCACAGCAGCAGCCCUUCUCGUCAUCCCCUCUCACCAAUGGCGUCAGUGGCGGGACCUUCGUGAAGACAGAGGAUGAGGCCGAGGCAGGGAUGAAGGAGUCCGUCGCUGCGCAGCGCUGUGUGCCUGGAAGAGAGCCUGGUGCCGAUCAGGACGAGGAGGCGGUCCUUUACGCCGGUGGCUCUCCGUGUGCAAUGCCAGCGAUGCAGUCAACGCCACCGCCUCGCACCUUGGCUGAGCUGCGCAGUAUGACCUCCUCGGACGUGCGAGAGGAGUUGGAGCGUUUCUUCGUGCGCAAAGACGCUCAUGCGAAGCACUUCAAGUCCGUCGCAGCCGCGCUGCUUGGCGCGACCGCCGCCGUACACAAGGCCGGUGCAACAAAGGAAACAUGCGCGGCAGCGGCAGGCGCGACUCCUGCGCAAGGGUGCACCUCCUCCACUUCACGGCCAACGCAAGAAGAACUACUAGCGCGUGACCGGUGCCGCCGACUCGUUAAUGUGAGCAACUGGGACGCUGCAGUUGGCGGCUACAGCCAGUGGGAUGUGCUGCUGCCCUCGGCGCUGCUGCACGACGGCGUCAUGGCCCCUACCGACGCCACAGCAGGACAGGCUGCACCUGCGACGGCGGUGUCUUCGAGACGGCAAGGCGCGUCCUCCACCGUCGCAACGUCGCGCGCUCGUCGCACGCUGCGCCCACAUCAAGUUGAAGGCAUUCGAUUCCUGUGGAGUGUGCUGGCGGAGGGGCCUGUGGGGCAGGUGCCCGCCCUGGGGUGCAUUCUCGCCCACACGAUGGGGCUCGGAAAGACAGCACAGGUCAUCGUGUUCCUACAUCUCUUCAUGGCCACCUUCCCGCGACGUCAAGAAAAGGCCGCAUCGUCGUCGUCGUCGCUGCGCCGAGCACGCGCGCUUAUCGCGAUCCCCAAGUCGACUCAGUCAGGAUGGAAACAUGAGUUUCGCACGUGGUCCGCCUGCUUUCCGGAGGAGCACCGCUUGCGCCCCAUCUCCCUUGACGAAGGGCUGCCCGCGCGCCAGCGACUCGACGUGUUUUAUGCGUGGCGCCGCGACGGUGGUGUGCUGCUGAUCGGCUACGAGGCCCUCGUGCGUCUCCUGGGGCUUGUGGAAGAGGACAGUAUGCUGCGGCCUCACUCGGGUGUGGACGACGGCGCCACAGGUGUCGAGGGAGAUACCGGCAGAAACGGUGCCGCUCAGCCAACAGCCCACGCUUUUCAUUUGGCGAAUCACGCAACGACGGCGUCGCCGCAGCAGCGCCGCAACGAGCUGCGAGCGCGCCGCAACGACGAAGGCGGCAUGGCCUUCGGUGGCGACGCCGACCCCUUCACCGAGCUCGUCGUGUGCGACGAGGCCCACCGGCUCAAGUCUGUACACCUGCACGUCGUCACGGCACUCCGCGGCCUCCACCCGCUGCGCCGCCUCCUCCUCACAGGCACGCCGCUUCAGAACCACCUGCAGGAGUACUGGGCCAUGAUGGACUUCUGCGUCCACAAGUACUUCAGCCGCAAGCGCUUCCAGGAGUACUUCAUACAGCCCAUCGAGGCCUCGGCGAACACGCGCGCCUCGGAGAAGGAGGUGGACUUGGCGCGCAAGAAGACCUUCACGCUGAUCAACGAGGUGCGCCACUUUGUGCAGCGCGUCGACGGCACCCCUUUACGCACGGAGCUGCCACCGCUGCACGAGUACAUCGUCGUCGUGCCCCUGUCGCCUCUACAGAAGGGGCUGUAUCUGCGCUUCAUCCAGAUCGUCCAGCACGACGGCAGCCAGAAGGUGCAGUUCUUGCCAGCCGUCUCCUACUCGGGCAAGAUCGCGGCGCACCCACAGCUGCUGUUCCAGAUGCGCCAACACCUGCAGGAGGCAAAGGACAAGGCGACGGCAUCAUCGGCACAGGGUGUGGGAGCAGGUGGGCCUGGCGCUCAACACCUUGCACGCGGCCGCCACGUGACAGGCACCAAGCGCAGCAGCAACGGCGGUAGCAACUAUCGGGAUGCCUCUACAACGGUCCGCGGCUUGUGGCACCCGCAGCAGCGGCGUCAGCGUCAAGAGCCGGAGAAGCAGCUGAUGGAGGGCACGGCCAACGGUGCUGUGGGUGAUGACGAGGACGACACGCGCGUUGGAGAAGAGCAACAAGCAGUCGUGAUCAUCGACUCCGAUGCAGACUCGACCUCCAGCACCAGCAGCGACGACGGCGAUGACGAGGAGCACGCGUUUGCCCGUGCAACGCAGCAGUCAUUCUCCAGCGUCUACCCUGUUGCCUCGUUCACCUACGAGGAGCUGUGCGUGCCACCCUCGCUGAACUACACCCCGCUCCUGGAGGACGGCGUGAAGCUGCUGGUCGCUAUUAAGCUGGUCGCGGCGGCCAUGGCGCGGGAUGAGAAGGUUCUCCUGUUCAGUCUUUCCACGCAGCUUCUCACGUUCCUAGAGCACAUGAUCGCGAAGGUAAACAUCGAGUGGCGCAGGCCGGUCGCGGCGUCACAGCGGCAGCCGCACCCGCAGUUGCCACGGCCGAUCCGCUAUUGCCGCCUGGACGGUAGCCAUAGCGCGGCGCAGCGGGCGGCGAUGCUCGAGGACUUCGACCGGUCUCACGGCCCGGACCUCUUCCUGUUGAGCACUAAAGCUGGCGGCGUCGGCAUCACCGUCACGGCCGCCACGCGCGUCAUCCUCGUUGACACGAGCUUCAACCCAGCUGACGAUCAGCAGGCGAUCGGCCGCGCGUACCGAUACGGGCAGACCCGUCCCGUAUAUGUGUACCGGCUCAUGUGCUACCCGACGCUGGAGUACAGCAUCUUUGUGCAGAAGCUGGCUAAGGAGUGGCUGUUCAAGACGGUGAUCGAGGAGUCGUCGGUGAAGCGCGAUGGGCUGUCCGGCAUGCACCUCCGCGAGCUCUUCUCCCUCCUCACAAAGGCGGCGAAGGUUCUGGAGAAGCCGCCGUCCGCGACGCGCGCGCAGAUGCAGUCGACGGAGGAGGUGUUGCGCGAGGAUCCGAUGCUCCGUGUCGCGCAGGCAGAGCUGCUCUACGCGCAGCGGUACGAGAUGUUUCUUGAGCACGACAUGGACGACCGGUACGGCGCUGCUGAGGAGGCCUUCUACCACGACUACUGUCGAAGCCGGUUGUUUGACACGGUCGACGACGAGGACGCCGAGAAGCGGCGUGCGGCGGAGCUGCAGAAGCGGCGGCAGCAGCGGAUUGACGAGGCGGCCCAGCUGCAGGUGCAGUCAAAGACGCUCACGGCAAUGGUGGACAGCCUCAUCCAGUCAAGGGCCGGGACAGACUCGCAGUUGGCGCGCCUUCUCACCGCAAUGGGUCUGCACGUGGACCCCGUCACAGGCCGCGUACAGCUGAGGAGGGAUGGCGCGGAGACGAUGAACUCCAGCGGCAACCGUGAUGACCGGCGCCACGCGGCGGCCCCUCUGCUACUUGAAGAGAGCGGGGAACGCUUUGCCCCGUUGCCUGUGCAGCUCAUCGGCGGCGCAGGCACCUACCCCGUACACAGUACCCCGCAAACGGCAGUGCUGCUACUGGAUUCCGAUGAGGACUCACGCGGCGUCCUCACACAGCGGCACGCAUGCGAAGAGCACACCGGCGCCGCCCUUUCCGCGACAGCGAGCGCCGAGCGCAUAUCCGCCACUUUCGCGCGUCAACCAUACGCGCCCUACCGCCCCGGUAGCUCCCCUGCGUACGCUGUCGACAUCGACAACGACGGAUCGAUGUAG